AUGACAACGUUACUUGCUGGAAAGGUCGCGGCCAUCACAGGUGCAGUGACGGGCAUUGGACGAGCCAUCGCCCUCGAAUACUUGCGCCAGGGAGCAGCCGUCGCUGUAAACCACUAUCCGGACUCCAAAUCAGACGAACAAUUUAAGAGCAUGCAAGAAGAGGCUGGUGCUGGCGCGAAGCUCAUUGCUGUACCUGGUGACAUUGCAAAGCCCGAAACAGGCACCGAUUUUGUUUCCAAGACAGUAUCCGAAUUUGGCAGGCUAGAUGUGUUUGUGAGCAACGCUGGCGUGUGCCAGUUUGCUGAGUUUCUAAGUCUAAGCCCUGAGCUUCUCAAAUCGACCGUGUCCAUCAACCUCGAGGGCGCUUUCUUCGCCGUGCAAGCAGCAGCUCGUCAGAUGAAAGAACAAUCGCCUCAAGGCGGCAGUAUCAUCGGUGUUUCGUCCAUCAGCGCUCUCGUCGGUGGCGCUGGUCAAACACACUACACACCCACCAAGGCAGGCAUUCUGUCUCUUAUGCAGAGUUGCGCCUGCGCUCUGGGUCCGUACAACAUCCGAUGCAAUGCUUUGCUACCAGGUACAAUCCGUACUCAGCUCAACGACGAGGACCUGGCAGACCCUAUGAAGAAGGAGUACAUGGAGGGUCGCAUCCCGCUUCGAAGGCUAGGCCAACCCCAUGUAUGUAUCCUGAAGCCAACGAAAAGUGAUUCGCUAACAGCUUUUAGNGAUCUUGCAGGACCAGCGGUAUUUCUCGCUUCAAGCCUCUCGUCAUAUGUUGUGAGUUUUUGCCAGUCAAGAGCUCAGCCUACCAGUACUGACUACAGUAUGAAUUCUAGNUCUGGUGCACAGAUAUUAGUAGACGGCGGCGCCUUUGUAAAUUUCCAAUAG